AUGGACGUGGACGAUCAAGGCGAUGUCCCUACAGUGAAAGGUCGAAGGCAGGGGGCGGCAAAUGCCUUACUCCAAGAGGGCUUCAUGAGGCUCGAAACUGUUAUUCGCGAGGUCAGCCACAACACCUCUAUUCCCACACAUCAAGUCAUCGCUUUAUGGCACAAGAGCAACGGGCGUUCCUUCAACAACGUCAACCACUGGAAUGCUUACAGCAGCUACUUCAAGGCAAAUCCCCAGCAGGAGCUGAAAAGACUCGGCGACAAGGCUCCCGAGGGUGCAACCGUGCGUCGCAAUUGUUACGAGCUUUUCAAACACGAAUAUCCGGACUCCUGGCAAACGAUCCUCGAGUAUCAUGAGGAGGCCACGGUCCUCAUGGGCGCGCCUCAGACAGUUGCCAUGCGGGCUCAGGAGUUUCAUAAGUUUGGCAAGAAGGUCUCGGCUAUGGUACGCCCACUUCUUUGA